GCGCAGAGCAGCUGGUUUACAGUAGUGAGAGAUGAGAUGACAGGUCGGGUUAGGAUGGCUGAAAAUGGGGCACAGUUGUUAGCCAGGAUCGAGGGGAGACGAUCACUCAAAGACAUCGAUCAGCACAUUUUUCCUGUAAACGGUGGUCCAGCUCAAGGUGAUGUCAUCGAGUUUCACGGAGUAGAAGGGAGUGGUAAGACAGAGAUGUUGUACCACCUUCUGAGCCGCUGCAUCCUCCCCACACACAGCAGAGGCCUGGAGGUGGAGGUCGUCUUCAUCGACACAGACUACCACUUCGACAUGCUGCGUCUGGUGAGCAUCCUCGAGGCCCGUCUGACCUCAUCACUGCCAGAGAGCGAGGUUGAGCAGGUGGUCCGUUCCAGCCUGGGUCGCCUCUCCGUGCUCCACUGCUCCAGCUCCUUCCAGCUCGUCCUCACACUACAUUAUCUGGAGGGGAUCCUAUGCAGCCGGCCCGCCCUCUGCCUGCUCGUCAUAGACAGCAUCUCCGCCUUCUACUGGAUAGACCGCGCUAACGGAGGUGACAGCUUGGCUCGGCAGGAAGCCAACCUGCGGAAGUGCACCGAGAUCCUGGAUAGGCUCAGGAGAGAUUACGGCGUUGUUGUUUUUGCCAGCACGCAUGCUGUUAUGAGGAAUUAUUCAUCCAGCUCGACAGCGUCUGGAUCGUCAGAGCCGAGCGCAUCCACUCCUUCAUGGAAAUGCAGCUCAGACUUCGACAAGCAGUAUCUCUGCCGAGCCUGGCAAAAAAUACUCACACACAGACUUCUGUUCUCAAAAAGUGACCAGAGUGGUGUAUCUGAGGACCACAAGCAACUUUUCUCAGUGGCAUGUAACACUGUAAGGACUAAAGGUGUUCAUCGAUGCGUGUUUUACAUCACAGAAGCAGGUGUUGAGUUCAGCGAGUGAGCAGAACUACACGUUUAACCUGUGAUAUUUAAAUUCUCAGAAUCAGAUAUUUCCAGAGACAGAAUAACAGGAAGUGGCCAGGGUGUGCAGGUUUGGGGUAUUUGUACUGUCUGAUCUCUGAAAGAAGUAAACAUUUAUAACACGGAAAACAAGAUAAUCAGCAGGCGAAGGACAGUUUAUAAGCAGUAGUGAUGCUUUACCAAUCAGAGGACUCAUCUCAUCAGACAUUUUUUAUUUUCUAUAACAGAUUUUCUCGAGUUAUUUUGAUACACAACACUAGGUUUUAAUAAACUGGAAAUAAUUUGUCAGA